CAGUGUUGAAAAAUAUUGCAAAAUUAACUGAGUUCAUAAAAAAAAAAUAUUGAAAAAUAUUCCGGGUUACACUCUGUGGAUUUUUAAUGCUUAUUUCAGAAUUUGAAAGCUAGUAACAAAAUUAAUAUAAUAACUGUGACCAGAAUUAAGUAUAACCAGCGUGUUGCCGAUUGGAGCACAGAGUUAGAGAGCGCAGCGUUACAACAAAAAUGCGAAGACCGAAAAUGUUUGGUCUGCCACUAGGGUUGCUACUACUGGCGCUGUUUGGCGCUACUAGUGCGCAGGGCACUUUCGAAGAUGCAGAGACUUCCAAUGAUUAUACGAGCGGCAUUACACACCAACAAUUUGAUCUGCGUCACACAAUACCCGGCGAACCAGAGGUCGAUUAUCCCAUCUAUGGUGAGGUGCCGAAAACGAACUUUGAUUGUGCUGGCAAACAUGAGGGUUACUAUGCCGACGUGGAGACGCGCUGUCAGGUGUUCCGCAUAUGUGCACACACGGCGCGUGGCACCCAAGGCUUCGGUUUCCUCUGUCCCAACGGCACGCUGUUCAGUCAAAAGAAUUUCGUUUGUGACUGGUAUCGCAAUGUGAACUGCGCCGAAUCGGAGCAGUACUAUAAUAGAAACAGCGCGAAUCGAAUAGGCAGCAGCACCGAUAUGAUGGAGAAGGUGCGACAAAUGAUGGAGUACCCGAUGAAGACGAUAUCGCGCGCGUUACAAAAUAAACCCGCUUCGCAUCAUACGCUCAAGAAGCAAUUGGAGUUAUCCGAGAGCGGCGUGGCUGAAAGUGAGGGUGGCGAUGAAGAACCGCAAUCGAGUCGUGAUAGCAGUCAACGCGCUUAUCUGAACCGUAAGCAAGCCGUUACGCGUGCACAAGUCGAAUCUGUUUCAAAACCACAGGUCGACAGUCAACACAGCACACAAGUGGUGGGUACAGUCACACAACAACGCAAACAGUUGCAGCAACAGCGACAACAACAACGCACCGAAACGAAGACUUCGCAAACCAACGACGAAGAUGUUUACGUGAAUAGUUUGGGUGAAUUAUCCUCGGAUCCGGGUGUUAAUUUCGCGCAUGACAGCGCACGCAUUAUCGCAGAGUCGCCCAGUCGCACUUAUAACUACGAAAAGAAGAGUAAUUUUGCCGAGAAAGUGAAUGUUGGCUUGAAUGGUCUUGCCGAUGCCACCCCAGGUGAAGUGUUCGCGCCAGAUUAUGUUAAGCACCUACGCACCGCCGAUGAGGAUGCCAUUUUGGCAGCGAACAUCAAUAAUUUGCUCGAAGAGGUCUCCACCGAUGAUGUGGAUACGAGCGUGUCCGGUUAUCAAUUGCCAGCGCCGCAGAAGAAUAAGACUUCGUUCCGAUUCCUCAGUCGUGGUUUCUCAUCGCAAAGUGAUCGUUCGAAGCGACCACCCUAUGAGUAUGCCAAACCCAAGCAGACGGCAAGUACGAUACGAUUUUCGAAUUUCCGCACCCAACAGCAGUUCAGCCGACCGCCUACUGUCUACCAGACAGCGCCAGUCAACGUCGGGCGCUCGCUGUCCGCGAACACGAAUGCUCGUGCUGUGGGCAACUCUGCACCGCAGAGCUAUAAUAAGCUGCCGCCGCAAGCUCCCGCUCAGCUAACGUCAAUACAGCGCUCACAACAACAACAAUUACCGCAGAUUGUCCAACAGCACACACCGCCCACAUCGCCUGCACCGCGCAUCGUUAUAGCGCGCGCAGAAGGUCAACGUAUAGCGCCGAACUCGGUGUCAUCCAUUAUAUCGGCGUUGGCGACGCAGCCGCCGCCGAAAACCACACCGUCAACGUCAUAUGUGGCGCUGGACGACUACCUCACGAAGAAGUUCGGUUCGACCGCGCCGGGUUAUGCGAAAACGAAUGCUGGCGCGAAGCAGACAAUAAGCUACACCAAUCAACAACAACAACAACAACAAUAUAAGCCAGAACAAAAUCCGCAACAGAAUUAUUAUCAAAAGGCGCCAACAACAACAGCACAACAAAUUCAGCCGCUUUACAAUCGCGCCACGGCGCAGGAGUCACAGUUGCAAAAGCAAAAGCAACAACAAACGCAACAGUCGACACAACAAAACUUUCAGCAGCAAAUACAACAACAACAAAAACAACAAUUGCAACAACAAUAUCAACAACUCCAACAACUGCAUCAAUUCCAACAACAGCAACAGAAACUGCAACAGCAACAGCUGCAGCAACAACAACUGAAACAACAGCAACAAUAUGCACAACAACAACUGAAGGAGCAACAAUAUUUCCAGCAAUUUGUGAAGCCAGCAACAGCGAAAGUAAGCAAUGCGCAAGAACAACAACAACCCCUGUGGCAACAAAAGCAGCAACAACAACAGAUAUUCUCACAGCAAGCAGCGCCGCAGCAGCAACAACACCAGCAAUACACACAACAGAAACAAACGUAUUUGCAGCCAACACAAACACAACAACAAGUUAAUUAUCAACAACAACAGCAACAAACUGCGCGACUAUCGUCAUUUACACAACAACAACAGCCAAAACAGCAACAACGUCCCCAACAAUCAACAGCGAACUUCUUCACUAGCUUCCACCAACAACCACAACAACAACAACAGUUUCCACAAUUUCCACCAUUCACCAGCAACUCAGCCGGCUCAACUCGAACACACCAAUUGUCCUUCGACGAACUCACGAAUAACAUCGUGCCACCGGAGCACGAUAAACAUCUGAAUAUACAGUUGCCAGCGCUCACUGCCGGUCUGAUACCGGCGCCCACAACAACAACAUUCACAGCGCAACGUCGCAUGGAUGUCGUGGAUGCAGCCGAAAGUGAAGCGUCGAGCAUUUUCCACGAUCCCGGCAGCAGUGUGUAUGACGGUGUCAGCUCGUACGAUGUGCCGUUGAGCAGCAUCGGCCGUCUGCCGAACGACAUCACGCAUCUGCUGCGGCGACUGCGAAAAGUCAAAUAAUAACGCCUUUAUACCGCCAUCAUGUCAUAGCAGGAGUUAGAUUCUAGAAAAGUGACUAAACUAUGCUUGGUAUACAUGUGUGUAGUAGUUAGUUAGAUUUACUCAAUUAAGUAACGAUUUUUUACCUUAACACUACUUUAAGUCUAUGUGUUUCCUAUAAUUUCGUUAACCGCAUUCUCUCAACUUUCGUCUAAAUUAUUCAUUUUUUUAUUGUUUAUAUAAACGUAUUCACUUUCAUGGUUUUAGUUAAAUUUUAGAUUUGUGCAAAACACAUUACUGCCAUUAAAUGUUAAGCUACCCUAUUAUUAUGUAAGUGUAUUCGUCGUCUUUGUACGGUCGUCGGAACGAAUGAUUG